AUGUCCGACAGUGUUGAUCGCGUAUUCGUCAAAGCAAUUUCUACAAUUAGAGCCUUGUCCUCUCGUUCCAACUAUGGUUCGUUGCCACGUCCGCCAGCCGAGAGUCGAAUCAAACUUUAUGGGUUAUACAAGCAAGCUACAGAAGGAGAUGUUAGAAAUGUCAUGCCUCGUCCAGUUGGGUUUACACCUGAAGAUGAGGGAGCAAAGAAAAAAUGGGAUGCAUGGAAACGUGAAGAAGGAUUACCAAAAACAGAAGCAAAGAAACGAUAUAUAGCGUUUUUGAUUGAAACAAUGAAAGUUUAUGCCAGUGGUACACACGAAGCACGGGAGUUGUUGAAUGAAUUGGAGUAUCUCUGGGAUCAAAUUAAAGAUUUACCAGUAUCGGACGAUGAAAACGACAACAAUCUUCAAUUUCCGUCAAACGCGCCUCUGUUCAGUCACACCGACAGACUCUCAAACAGGACACCAAGUAUUGGAGGUUAUGGGUCAAGGGGUGGUGGUGGUAUCGGCGGCGGCGGCGGUCCUGGCUCAACAGUGGGACUGAAUUUGAACGCCAUUUACUCACACUCUAGAAAAAACACCAUGUCCUUGAAUGAUUACGUACAUCAACAGAGGUUACAAAGUCAACAUCCACAACCACUAACUGGUCAUGCAGGGCAGCCGCAUACCCAUUAUGAGACUGGCUCUCAAAAGGUAGGAUAUGGUGGAGGGCCAGGGUCAACAUAUUCGGCACCCAUGGGGGCUGUUGGCGCAAGCAAUGUUGCUGAUGAUUUCAAGAAUUGGCAGAGUGAAGUAAAUGCCAUUAUCAAUCGGCUUACAAGGGAGUUUGUCAAUAAUAGAAGACGGAGUCAAGAGUAUAUCCCUCAGGAGGAUGAGGAAAAUGAUUUGCCCUUAGAUGAUUUUGAGAUUAAAAAGAGGAAGGUCAUUGCUCUUUUAAAAGUUGUUGGACUCAAUGCGUGGAAGUUUUUAAAGAACUUUGCCGUUAGUUUAUUCACUAUAUUGUUUAUUGUUUGGUGUGUGAAGAAGAAUGUAGUUGUGAAGCGGACAUUUACCAAACAAGAAACUGUUAAUGGCAAAGCUAAGAAAGAGAUGGUCAUUAACAUGAUUUUGAAUACCGAUGAAAAUAGAUGGUUCAUUAGGUUGUUGAAUUUUGUCAACAGUUUUGUUGGCUUUGUAUAA